CAACAAAAUGGGUGAAUGUAAAUAGGCAGCCGACUUUAGAGCAUUCUACAAACCGGAUUAAUGGGCGACAAUAUAUGGCAUCUUCAAAUCGGAUUAAUGGUACACCUUUAGUCACUUCUUCCUCUAUUCGAAUUAGUGGUCCACCGGCGCAGAGUGCUAUAGUCACCGGAUGGCUUCAGGGUAUUGAAGGAGAACACGAUUCAGAUCGAUAA